AUGGCAGAGCGGUUCUGGGAUAUCGGGAGGAAGUAUUGUAUCUCAGACGAGAAUAUUGAAUCGAAGAAGAUCGCGACAAAGUCUUCUACGCUACGAACUGACUGCGAUGGAAAAUCAUUGCUUGGCGGAGUAUUCGAGUCAAAUAAUUCGACAGAGGGGCCACUUGAAUGUCGAGCUACCGCAUCUUUUUUUACUCUUUCAGCUUUACUAGCGGAGCUUACUUCCAACACCACCUACACCAAAGCCGCAAAUCAGAGCCUGCAAUUUCUCCAAACAUUCUGCUACUUUCCCCGUGCGAAUGGUCCUGAAAACGAGAAACCUAUUCACGCUUUGGAUAACGAUCCACCGUGUCAUGGUAAUGUUUUUUUGCAAUGGUUUCCGGAUACCGGGUUUAUUAUCGAGGGAUUGUCAAUUCUUGUGUCUGUUACGAAUGAUACGGCAACUGCAGAUCUCCUUAAAGAUGCGAUCAAUUCUUCCACUGUCUACCGGGAGGAUCAACGAUCGGAUGGUGUGAUACAUCUAUCGGGGAUACCGCCAGGGUUUCCGUUAAAUGACCCGUAUCUAGUACGCGGGCUUGCUACAGCAUACAAGAGGAAUCAAGAGCCAAGUAUGAGUGAAUAUAUCAGAGGGUUCAUUGAUAUUCAGUACGGUUUCCUGCUCGACAAUUCAACACUUACAGAAUCAAAUGUAUACGUGGACCCAGCGAGUGGACCGCCACAGCGACUGCCGUUAGGAUAUAUCAGCCCGAUAAACCAGUCAAACGCUGCUAUGGUUUUCGUCCAAGCGAUCGGUCUUGACAAUAGCAAUAGCACUACCAGUAACGGUGGCGCCGCCCCGGACCCAAACAGACCCGAACCCAAACCCAAAAAGUCAUCGGGACCCUUAAUCGGCGCAAUUGUAGGAGGAGGUGUCGGUGGAUUCUUGUUCCUUGGAUUACUUGCCGGGUUGUUGGCGUGUUAUUGCGUUCGCAGGCGAAGAAGGGGACUCAAAAUGCCAUCUAUGUUCCUCACCUCUCCGUUCCGUUUACCAGAGUCGUUAAAUGAGACGGGUGGUAUGGUAUCUCCGACGACGAUACGACGCAAACACCGGUCGUGGAACGCUCAGAGGUCUAGCUUUAUCCCAAUGACGUCUCCGAUAUCUCCGACGUCGCCCGUGCGAGAGAAAUACCGGGUGAAUGUGAAUCUUCCUUCACACUCUUCUUCGCAGACACGGAGGUCUGUGGCGACGUCUGGAGAUGAUUCCCCAACGGUGACGGUACCUCCGGAGGUUCAUCAUGACCCACAUGCGAGGUUUCAUGCUAUGUCUAUACCGGAGAUGUUUAGAAUCUUGCAUGCGCGAUUUCAGGGUGAAUCAGGGGACCGCGAGGUGCCUCCGCCUUCGUAUGUGCAGAGUCAAGUUGGUAGUACUAGUAGUUGA